AUGUCGGACAACAUUCCGUUCGAACUCCAAGAGGAAAUCAUCAAAAGGGUUCUUCCUGUCAAAUCAUUGAUUCGGUUCAGAUCAGUUUCAAAGCAAUGGAAGUCUCUGAUCGAUAGCUCUGAAUUCAUCACUCAUCACACCCUCAACAACAAGACUCAGCCGCAACAUUUACUAGUAAGGUACAUAACAAGAGCUACUGGGCACAGAGUUGUUUCUCCGGAUGCAUGUUUGCCCGAGUACAAAUAUGUUUCCAUUGUUGAUGAUGAUAGCUUCCCCCACCACAACUUUUCCCCUGUUGUUCCUCCAACUGUUAAACUUCAUGCGCUUCCGUUUAUGCUCGAUUGCUCUCACGGAUUGGUGUGUUUGUACGGAUGGACUCGGGAUCCAGUGAACAGAAAGAAACUGGUUGAAGUUUGGAAUCCACUAAUUGGGAAAUCUGUUUGUAUAGAGAUACCGGAUCGAGUCAGAAGUGUUAUUGGUUUUGGGGUGUGUCCUAAAACUAGCGACCCUAAGAUCGUCAAGCUUUCAUGUUUUAUCGACAGCGAGGCCGAGGCUAAGGCUGAGGUUUUCACAUUAAGCUCUCGGGCUUGGAGAAGUGUACCGAUGAAUAUUCCGUUUAAAUCAUUGCACUUCUGGAAUCCACAGGUGGUUAGAGAUGGGGUUAUUCAUUGGCUUACUUAUGAGAAAAUUACAUAUAAACAUAGGUUUUAUUCAUUUGAUUUGGCAAGUGAAAAAUUUGGAGAAGCGGGUAGAUAUGAUGGUAAACUGGCGGUUUAUGAACUCUACUCGGAACGCAUCAACGGUCUUGGGAUUUAUGGGUCGGACUUUAAGCUGAGCUCCUACAAAGAGUCACUACUUUUGCUUAAUCAUUCUGAUUCUAUCAUUCAUUCAUAG